AGCACAUAAAUAAAAUAAAACACAAUGCUAUUAUUGUUAAUAAUUGGUGUAAGCGCUGUCAAUAUAACACAAUUCUCGGCUGAUUCUGCAGUAUAUUCUCCUUAAUUUUGUUUGAUACGUAAUUCAAAUAGAGAAGGGAAGGAGUGGUUAGAAACAAUCUUUACAUUGUCUGAGAAAGGACGAAUAUAUAAGAGUGUAGAUAAUGGAUAUAAAUGGAGUGAUGAAACAUCAAUAUUAGAAAAGAUGGGAAUAAAUGAUUGGUUUUAUGAGAUGUAAAUCUCACCAGCUAAUAAGGAAGUCAUAUAUGUAUUUGGUAAAAAUGGUACUGGAAUAAGGUCCGAGGAUUGUGGAUAACAUUACACGUGGUUUACAUUUCCAAUAAAUUUGACUGAUUUCAAAUUGAAUUCAAUGGAUGAUGAAUGGAUGUUGGCAUAUUCAAAUUGUGAACGAUGUCAUCCUCCAUUUAAUAAAGAUAUUCAUAAAUCUAAUGAUGGUGGUAAAACUUGGAAAUGGAUUCUCAGUUCUGCUAUGAUGGCUUCAUGGGAUAAACUUAUUGAUAGUGAAUUAAUUCCAGAUGAACGUAUUGUGGCAUGUCAUUUAGAAAAUAAUUAAAGCAGAGUCACAUAUUCAGACGAUUAUUACAAUUCAUAUAAAAUCAUUCAUAAUAAUGGAACUGGUUUCUUUUAAACUCAAUUUCAUAUGUUUGUCAUUUCUAAAUUGUCAUCUACUUAUAAAUUACAUGUUGCUCCAGCAUUUUAUGAUUAUGCUUAAAUGAUUAAUAUUUCUAUUCCAUUUGAUGAAUAAUACUCUUACACCUUAUUAGAUACUGAAUCUGAAUAAAUCUUUUUAUCAGUCUCUCAUAAUUAAACCAAUAAGAAAUUAACUAAUAUAUAUACUUCCGAUUUUUAGGGAUUCAAGUUCACUAUUUCUUUAUUGAAUAAUGUUAGAUCUCUGAAUACAGGAUAAUGUGAUUUUGAAAGGAUUGAAAGUUUAAGAGGAGUUUACAUAGCAAAUAUUUAUGAUCAUGAAAAACUUAAUGUAGUAAAAUAAGAAGUCGAUCUUGAGAAAUACAAAAAAACUGUAAUUACAUUUGAUAAAGGUGCUAUUUGGCAUCCUCUUAGAGCUCCUGAUAAAGAUGCAAAUGGAUAGAAAAUUCAUUGUAGUGGGGAUUGUUCACUUCAUCUUCAAGGGAGAAGUGUAAGUAAAAUUUAUAGAGAAUCUAAAGCUGUUGGAUUGAUAAUGGCAUCAGGUAAUGUGGGAUUAUAUUUGGAGGAAAAGAAUAUUAAUACUUAUUUCUCAAGAGAUGGAGGUUUAACUUGGUAUGAAAUUAGAAAAGGACAUCAUAUCUAUUCAUUUGGUGAUAGAGGAGGUAUAAUUGUUAUGGCAAAAGCUAAAUCUUUAACUAAUGAAUUAUUGUAUUCGUGGGAUGAAGGUUUAAAUUGGGAAACUCUUGUUAUUCCUAAAAUGAUUGUCACUUCUAUAACUAGUAGAAGUUUGUACAUUAACUUCAUUAUUACGGGAAUUGAUGAAAAAAGACAAGGAAUCAUUUUGAAUGUAGAUUUUACUACUUUACAUUAACGUACUUGUAGUGGUAUUUGGGAUCCCUUAGAUCCAGAUAGUGAUUACGAAUUUUGGAUACCUAAAAAUUAUGUUAAUCAUUAAUGUCUGUUUGGAUAAAAGUAUCGUUAUACUCGUAGGAAAAGAAAUGCUUAAUGUUUUAAUUAAUAAGAGCAUGAUAAAAUACAUUAUAUAGAUUCCUGUGAAUGUACUAUUGAAGAUUGGGAAUGUGAUUAUGGAUUUUAUCGUAAAGUAGAUGGUGGUCCUUGUGUACCUAUAGCCUCUUUAUUUGAAGAAGAUGAAUAUAUUGAUAUUUUGAAACCUCCUGAAAAUUGUACAGGCACCUAUAUGAAAUCUUUAGGAUAUAGAAAAAUUGUUGGGGAUUAUUGCACAGGAGGGUAUUGUUUAGAGUCAAUUUAUUUAGUGUUAAUUUGGAUCCAAUUGAAACACCAUGUGAAGAGGGAUUAUAAUAAAGCUUAUCUAAUUAGACUUAGUCUUUACCAUAAUUAUCAAUCAAGGAAGAAUAGAAAAAAUUGAAUGAAGAAAUCAAAGACAACAGUGUGAAUGUAAUUGGUUAAAAAAAAAACAAUCUAUCUAUAGGAUGGUUAUUGAUUAUUUUGAUUUGUCUUUUUGUAUUUGCAGCUUGGAAGAAAAUCAAAGCAAAUUAGAAUGAAGAACUAAAGAAAGAUUAUUAUUCUAAUUUUGAUAGAGUAGAACGUAUGAAUUUAAGAGAGGAUGAUUAUGAUGGUAUUUGAUUAUUUCUGGU